AUAUAUAUAUAUAUAUAUAUAUAUAUUUAUAAAUACAAUAUAUACAAAUUACCAUUUAAUGUGAAAAAUUCGCAGCUUCUGAAAAAUCUCCCAGUAGAUUAAAAAAAAAUUUCCAGUAUGCAUCUCAUCGAAUUAGUCUAACUGAUUCACUAUAACACUAUAAAAGUCCAGAUAAACCAUGCCUAAACCAUACCAACCUCCUUCUAAUAAGGAUAAAGAGACACAACUAAAAGAACAAAGAGAGGCUGAAAGUAAACGGAAAGCAUACCGAGAAGUUAAGUUUGAAACUCGUGAAGUAGCUCAAGCUAAAAAGAAAGUUAAACAUGAGAAUGAAUUAAAUUUAGAUUUACCUCGAAAGAGAUAUUAUAGACAAAGAGCUCAUUCUAAUCCAUUUUCUGAUCAUAGAUUGGAUUAUCCUAGAUCACCAUCAGAAAUGGACUGGUCUAAAUUAUAUCCUGAAACAUUUGAUAAAAGUAAAGUAGAAAUUGCUGAUAUAGGAUGUGGAUAUGGUGGAUUAUUAAUAAAAUUAAGUCCAGAAUUUCCUCAAUCUUUAAUACUAGGUAUGGAAAUUAGAGUUCAAGUAACUCAAUAUGUUCAAGAUAGAAUUAUUGCCUUAAGAAAAACUCAUGCUGAACAAUAUCAAAAUAUAGCUGUAUUAAGAUCAAAUGCUAUGAAAUUCUUACCUAAUUUCUUUACUAAAGGUCAAUUAUCAAAGAUAUUCUUUUGCUUUCCUGAUCCACAUUUUAAGCAAAGAAAGCAUAAGGCAAGAAUUGUUACCAAUACUUUAUUAUCAGAAUAUGCAUUUGUAUUAAAAGAAGGAGGAGUUAUUUAUACUAUUACUGAUGUUGAAGAUCUUCAUAAUUGGAUGGUUCAACAUCUUGAUGAACAUCCAUUAUUUGAAAGAUUAAGUAAAGAUUGGGAAAGUCAAGAUAAAUGUGUUGAAAUAAUGUAUAAUUCAACAGAAGAAGGUCAAAAGGUUACUAGAAAUAAUGGUAGUAAAUGGAUAGCUUGUUAUAAGAGAUUACCAACUCCUGAUGAUUGUGAAUAAUCUUUACUUUAUAAUGUGUACAAGGAAAUGAUUUGAGAUAUAUAGCAAAAUAC